GGCCAUGGAGAGAAGAUAUGGGUUUUCAACCAUUUCGUCCGGGGCAUGACAGUGUACGGCCACGAACCGGUGAUGAAGUCCAACCGAGCCUUGAAACAAAUUCCCUUUAACGGCAAGAAACUCAAGCCGGCCAAGCUACGGAAAGACUACUGGCGGCCCAUGGCCAUGAUCCAGUUCCCCGAGGGCAUGGGCCAUGUCGGCCGCAGCGUAUAUCACCUGAUGCGCGAAUUCCGAAUGGCGCACGAGCUGAGCUGGGAUGACGAGAUGCUGCGCGACGACGCGACGGGACGGACCCUCACCAAGCACGAGCGGGGCGCCAAGCUCAACGACCAGAAGCCCAACUCCAUUGCUGACAUGGCCGCUGUUCUGGGGGGUGCCGGCAAGGGCAACAAGAUAUGGAUGACCGUGGCCGAAGGGGGCGACAACGUCGAGACUAAAGCCCUCAACUUGACGGACGGGGAGACGGGAGCUGCUUUGGGUCUGGUCAAGGCGACGAUAUUUUGGAGCGAUGCGAUGGAUAGGAACUACGCUUUGGAAUGGCCGCCAAACGUGUCACACGCCGAGUUCGCCGGGUCUACU